GCGGCGUCUAGGGCGGCGGUAGCGGCGGGAGCGGCGACGCGGUGGGGCUCGGGGCUGCGAGGGCGACGCGGCCUGGAGCGGCGGACGGCGCAGCGGGCCCAGGAGGAGGCGCGGCGGCCGCCCUGGCCCGUCAUGGAGAUGGAAAAGGAGUUCGAGCAGAUCGACAAGGCCGGGAGCUGGGCGGCCAUUUACCAGGAUAUCCGACAUGAAGCCAGUGACUUCCCAUGUAGAGUGGCCAAGCUUCCUAAGAAUAAAAACCGAAACAGGUACAGAGAUGUCAGUCCCUUUGACCAUAGUCGGAUUAAACUACAUCAAGAAGAUAACGACUACAUCAAUGCUAGUUUGAUAAAAAUGGAAGAAGCCCAGAGGAGUUACAUUCUUACUCAGGGCCCUUUGCCUAAUACGUGCGGUCACUUUUGGGAGAUGGUGUGGGAGCAGAAGAGCAGAGGUGUCGUCAUGCUCAACAGAGUGAUGGAGAAAGGCUCGUUGAAAUGUGCACAGUACUGGCCACAAAAAGAAGAAAAAGAAAUGAUCUUUGAAGACACAAAUUUGAAGUUAACGUUGGUCUCUGAAGACGUUAAGUCGUAUUACACAGUGCGACAACUGGAAUUGGAAAACCUUACGUCUAAAGAAACUCGAGAAAUCUUACAUUUCCACUACACCACGUGGCCUGACUUUGGAGUCCCCGAAUCACCAGCCUCGUUCCUGAACUUUCUCUUCAAAGUCCGUGAGUCAGGCUCCCUCAGCCUGGAGCAUGGCCCCAUCGUGGUGCACUGCAGCGCCGGCAUUGGCAGGUCGGGGACCUUCUGCCUGGCCGACACCUGCCUCCUGCUGAUGGACAAAAGGAAAGACCCUUCUUCUGUUGAUAUCAAGAAAGUUCUGUUAGAGAUGAGGAGGUUCCGGAUGGGCCUGAUCCAGACGGCAGACCAGCUCCGCUUCUCCUACCUGGCUGUGAUCGAAGGCGCCAAGUUCAUCAUGGGAGACGCUUCAGUGCAGGAGCAAUGGAAGGAGCUCUCCCAUGAGGACCUGGAGCCCCCACCUGAGCACGUCCCCCCACCUCCCCGGCCACCCAAACGAAUCCUGGAGCCACACAAUGGGAAAUGCAAGGAAUUCUUCCCAAACCACCAGUGGGUAAAGGAGGCGACCGAGGAGGAUAAAGACGACGGCCCCAUCCAAGAAGAAACCAGAACCCCCUUAAGUGUCCCCUGCAGCAUGGAAAGCAACAGGCAAGACACUGAAGUCAGAAGGCGGGUCGCCGGGGGAGGUCCUGCCCAGGGGGAGCUGUCGCCACCCAAGGAGGAGCAGGACCAGGCGCUGACUCACUGGAAGCCCUUCCUGGUCAACAUGUGCAUGGCCACAGUCCUCACGGCCGGCGCGUACCUCUGCUACAGGGUAUGUUUUCACUGACAGACGUGCUGGCGAGACCGUGUACAGAGAGCACUGGCCGACAGCCCGGCGUUAGCAUCCAGUGCUGCACGAGGAUCUGAGCCAGUCUCAGAAGAAACAGAUCAAAGGUUCUUAGAGUAUGGAACUGAGAAGGGCUAACGAGAGGACUGAGGAUUGAUGCGCUGGGGUUUCAAGGAGCCCUGUGGUCCCAAGAAUAUGCGAGUCUAAUCUCAGGGCCUUAACCUGUUCAGGAGUAAGUAGAGAAAAUGCCAAAUACAUCUCUCUCUCUCUCUUAUUUUUUUUUU